AUGGCCACGGCCGACACUCUCAGCUCAUCCACUCUCAGCUCAUCAUCACCAAGUCACAGCCAGCACAUCGAGCAUCAUGACCACGACGACGACCAAGAUCCGGCCUCCCCAGUCAUGGCCCUACGCUUCCCUACCCAUCGCUAUGAGGCGACCUUGCACGAUGCCAAGACGAGCGGCCAUUGCCGGCCUCGCCGGUGGCUUGCUCAAGUGUUUACAAAUGCCUAUAAUGACAUACUACGUACCUGGAUGGGCCUCCACCGUUCGUUCCACCAUCCAGCCGCCGCGCAUCCACAUGCGCACCCCGGACAAUACCAUACCUUUACCUGCAGCGAUGCCACCUCCUCCUGUGGCUCGGACGCCAGCUGCACUACGACCGACGCGGGUGCCUUCUCCGCCGCGGUCGGCGAGAUGAUCCUGGAGCCGCCCAUCAACAUCCUGCUCGUGUGCGUGCCGCUCGGCAUCGCCGCCUACCACGCCGCCGCGCCGCCGCUGCCGUCCGUCCUCGUCUUCGCGGUCAACGUCCUGGCCAUCGCACCGCUGUCGUCGCUGCUCACCGACGCCACCGAGCGCAUCGCCCUCGAGGCCGGCGACACGGUUGGCGCCUUCUUGAACAUUAGCCUCGGCAACAUCGUGGAGCUCAUCCUCUUCGUCACCUUGAUCAAUGGCCAUGUCAAGGUCGUGCAGGCCUCCAUCCUCGGCUCCAUCCUCGUUAACCUCCUCCCCAUCCUCGGCAGCGCCCUCGUCGUCGCCGAUGCCACCGGCGGCGACGACUCCCUCGACGGCACCGAGACUCAGAUGCUGGCCUGCCUGCUUUGCGUCUCCGUCUUUGUCUUUAUGAUCCCCACUGCGUUCCGUUUCACGUUCAGCCAAGCCCCCAACAUCAACGACAUCGUCGUCCACAUGAGCCGCGUGUCCGCCGUCCUCAUCCUCUUCAUGUACACCGCCUACUUCCUGCACACCAUGCAGCAAAGCACCCACCGCGACGCGGACGAGGAGGGCGGCGAGUCGCUUCGGCUACCCGUCACGCCGCCGCCGCUGCUGCGCCGCCGCACAUCCUCCCCACCGCCGCUGACGCCCGGCCCGCGCACGCUGCGCUUCGCCGACGGCGCCAAGACCCAGCCCACGUCGGACCUCUACGCCCGGCGCGUCUUCGAGGUCGGUCCCCCCGCGAGCGUCGACUCCGCCGACGGCCCCCCUCCACCACCCCCCCCCCCAGACGAGGAGCUGCAGCCGCCGCGCGGUCGCUCGCUGACCGGCACGCGCGGCCCGCACAGCGCGCAUACGGUCCUGUCGCCGCUGCUCCUGUCGCGCCAGUCCCGCUCGCGCUCCACCAACAGCCGGGCCUCGUCCUGGAUGAGCCAGCGGCCGCUCCCGCGCUCCUUUGCGCGCGCAGGCCUCGCGCGCGUCCUCAGCACCGACCGACGCCGUCGCGCCUUCCGAGAGCCGGAGGAAGAUGAGGCGAGCGGCACGACGGACGGCCGGCUCGGCGCCGCGCUGGCUGCCGUCGUUGUGCUGCUCGUCGCGUCGCUGCUUCUCGCCGUCUCCGCGCGGCUGCUCGCCGGCACGCUCGACGCGGUGACACGCCGCCGGCCGCUGUCUCAGGCGCUCAUCGGCGUGGUGCUGCUGCCGCUGGCCGGCAACCUGUCGAGUUGCCUGACCGUGGCGGCCGUGGCGGCCCGGGACAACCUCGACCUGGCCGUGGCGGUGUCGGCCGGCUCGGCGAUCCAGGUAGCACUGUGCGUGGCUCCGCUGACGGUGCUGGCGGGUUGGGCGCUGGGAAGGCCGGUCGUGCUGGCACUGGACGGCUUCGAGAUGGCCAUGCUGCUGGGCGCAGCGUCGCUCGUCAACCUGCUGGUGCUGGGCGGCAACGGUGGCGGCGAUAAGCGUAGGGCGACGGGUUUGAAAGGUGGGAUAUUGUGCGCCUGCUUUCUAGUGAUGGGAAUCGCCACCUUUUUCGCCCCGAAUGGUAAAUAG